CGGAAGUGAAUAUUUAAUGAGCCCAAUUUCCACGUGUUCCACUACAGUCUGAACGCCCCUAGAGUUAGCUAGAGAUCAACAUCUACUGCAAUGGCAACCCCUAGAGUGGACCCAGUUGCCUUCAUUGCUCGUCUGGAGAGGCUGUACGCUUCAUGGGAGGCUGAGGAUGUCAAUGAGUGGAGUGAUGCUGACUUCCUCAUGGUGGUGGUAGGAAAGGACGACAUAACGUACUCAAAGUCCAAUGCAUUACAGAUUUGGCUGUUUGGGUACGAGUUAGCAGACACACUGACUGCGUUCUGUGCCAACGAGAUACACAUCCUCUCCAGUAAGAAAAAAAUCGAGUUCCUGCGACCACUGGAGGGUGCUCUGGUAAAAAGGGAGGACCUUCCCAACCUCGUCCUAUCAGUCAGAAACAAGGCUGAUGCUGACUCAGAAAACUUUGGCUCGAUUCUUAAGGCAGUCACAAAGAGCAAAAAGGGCAAAGUGAUGGGUGUGUUUCAGAAGGAUCUGGUGGACUUCUCCGGUGACUUUAUGGAGGGCUGGAAGAAAGCAGUCUCUGGGUCCAAGAUCAAGCAGGUUGACGUGACGACUGUGUUUGCAUACACCUCCUCUGUGAAGGACGAGGGAGAAGUGAGCAUCAUCAAGAGAGCGUGUACCAUCACAUGUCAGGUGUUCAGCAAGAUGGUCAAGAAGGAAAUAGUGACAAUUGUUGAUGAGGAGAAGAAGGUGAAGCAUUCUAAACUGGCAGAGGAUAUCGAGCAAGCCAUCACUGACGGAAAGUUCCUGCCACCAGGGACUGAGGACGAUGUGAUUGAGAUCUGCUACUCUCCUAUUAUCCAGAGUGGGGGUACCUACCAGCUCAAGUUUAGCACCGUCAGCAAUGAUGACAGACUCCACUUUGGCACCAUCCUCUGUUGUCUGGGAGUCCGCUACAAGUCCUACUGCUCCAACAUUGUCCGUACCAUGUUCGUGGAGCCCUCACAGGAGAUGCAGGACAACUACUCAUUUCUGCAGCGUGUCUAUGAGAAGGUGGUGGAGCGACUCCAUGAGGGGGUGCAGUUGUGUGACGUCUACAAAGCUGGCCUUGAGAUGGUGGAGAGAGAGAGGCCUGAACUAAAGGAACACUUCACCAGGAACGCUGGGUUCAUCACUGGCAUAGAGUUUCGUGAGGGCUCUCUGACGUUGAGUUCAAGGUGCACCCAGCGAGUCAAGAAGGGGAUGGUCUUCAACGUCAACGUGGGGUUCUCUAAUCUGACCAAUCGAACGGCCAAUAGCGAUGUAGGGAAGACGUACGCUCUGUUUCUAGGGGACACGGUCAUGGCGGGGGAUGAGGACAGUCCAGCGGUGGAAUUGACGGCCAUGUCCAAGAAGAAGAUCUCCAGCAUUGCCAUCUUUAUGGGGGAGGAGGAGAACAAUGAACAAGCCCUACCAGAGGAACUCGGAGAGGUGCUGGGUGUGAGGGACCGUGGGGCUCGUACAGACCAGAUAGAGGUGAAGAUAAAGAACAGGAAACAGCAUCAGUUCAACCUCACCAAGAGGAUCAAUGAGGAGGCCAUUACACGCCUCAGAGAGAAGGAGGACAAUGCUCUGGGCAAGACUCCCAAACUCUCCUCUCACACGGCCUACAAGCACUGGUCGGUGAUCCCUCGUGACUCAGACGUUCAGAGUCACAAGAUCUUUGUGGACAGGAAGUACGAAGCACUCAUUCUCCCAAUACAUGGAAUACCCACACCCUUCCACAUAUCCACUGUCAAGAAUAUCAGCAAGAGUGAGGAGGGAGAGUACGUGUACCUGCGUAUCAACUUCUUCCAUCCGGGCAGCUCCAUGGGGCGUGUUGAGGGUGUAGUCUUCCCCAACCCAGAGGCCACCUUUGUCAAAGAAGUGUCGUACAGAGGCAGCACUAAGACUGGGUUCGGGCUUGUGUCCUCGUACAACAUGAUUAAGGACGUGCAGAAACAAUUCAAAACACGAGAGCAGGAGAAGAAAGAACUAGAGGGCUAUGUGGAGCAAGAGGCUCUGGUACUGAGCUCUACCAAGGGUAACCCGCGACUCAAGGAUCUCUACAUGAGACCACUCAUCGGGUCAAGGAGGAUAUCAGGCAUUCUUGAGGCUCACAGCAAUGGCCUCCGCUACACCACUAUGAAAGGAGACAAAAUUGACCUCCUCUACUCAAACAUUAAGUGUGCCUUCUUCCAACCCUCCAAGAAAGAAAUGAUUGUCUUGCUUCAUUUCCACCUUAAGCACCCCCUUAUUAUUGGAAAGAAGAAAAAUAAAGAUAUACAGUUUUACACCGAAGUGGGUGAGAUUAUGACUGACUUGGGUCGAGCACAACACAUGCACGAUCGUGACGACCUACUUGCUGAGUCAGCAGAGAGACAGCUGCGAGCUAAACUGGACACGGCCUUCGACACGUUCCGUAAGAAGGUCGAAGAGAUGCCGCAGUGUAGGGUGCACUUUGAGAAGCCAUUUAAGGAGCUCGGGUUUUUUGGUGUUCCAUUCCGGAGUACAGUGCAGCUGCAGCCCACCACCAACUGUCUGGUCAACUUGUCUGAACAGCCUCCCUUCGUUCUCGUACUGGAUGAAGUGGAGCUCGUGCAUUUUGAGAGAGUGCAGUUUCAGAUGAGGAACUUUGACACGGUGUUUGUGUUCAAGGACUACAAGAAGAAGAUCUCCAUGGUAACGGCCAUCCCAAUGUCACAGCUGGAUUCUAUUAAGCAUUGGCUUGACUCCUGUGACAUCAAGUACACUGAAGGAGUACAAAGUUUAAACUGGACUAAGAUAAUGAAGACUAUUAAUGACGACACUGAAGAUUUUUUCACUAAUGGUGGGUGGAGUUUCUUGGACCCAGAGAGUGAUAAAGAGGGAGGGGAUGAUGAGGACUCAGAAGGGAGUGCAGAAUACGAGCCAACUGACGGGUCGGACGAUAUUGGGGAGGAGUCUGGGACCGGGGACUCGGACGAAGACUACACCUCCAUUGAUGAGAAUGAGUCAGAGUCAGGAGGUGAUGAUGACAGCGAAGAUGAGGAGGAGGAGGGUAUGUCCUGGGACGAACUGGAAGAGGCAGCAAAGAAAGAGGACAGAGAAAGAGAUAGGCUACAGUUUGAUGAUGACCCAAAGAGCUCUAAGUUGCGAGGGGCCAGCAGCUCUAAUUUGCGAGGGGCCAGCAGCUCCAGCCACCACAAGCACCGAGGCAGUCCACACAAGAGCCCAAGCAAAGGACAUAGUAGAAAGAGACCGUCUAAUGACAGACACAGUGGUGGUAGCUCUAGCAAGAGGGCUAGACGCUAGUUUAUUCUAUUGAUAUGAUUUGUGCGUUUUUGGCUUUACUCUAUUAAUCUGUUGUUAUUUCUUAUCAUCAA